GACAAACUGAAAAGCAAACAAAAGGUUAUCCCCAUUGUUUUUUCUUCCUAUAAUAACAACUUCCCCUGUUUUUUCUACUUGUUAAUUAACAUAAAAAAAAAAAGAAAAAGAAAAAAAUAAAUCCUCCAUGAAUGCAACAAAGCUAUUUUUUAGUGCAACAGCACUAGCAAUAAUCACUGUAUUUUUUACAUUAACAUCCAAGAAUGUUUAUAGUCCACCUAUAAUAACAGGAUCCAAAAAUCUUUUAUCUAAAUGUGAAUUAAUAAAUUUGAAAGGAGCAGUUGGGCCAGAAAGUAUUGCUUUUGACAUUAAUGGAGAUGGACCAUAUACUGGUGUUGCUGAUGGAAGGAUUAUUAAAUGGAAUGGACAUGAACAAGGUUGGGUUGAUUUUGCUGUCACUUCAUCUCACAGGAAGGAAUGUGUGCACCCUUUUGCUCUCCAUAUGGAGCACAUAUGUGGAAGGCCACUGGGGUUACGAUUUGAUACAAGAACUGGAGACCUCUACAUUGCUGAUGCCUACUUAGGACUUCAAGUCGUGGGGCCAUCUGGUGGAUUAGCCACCCGACUCGUCACAGAAGUUGAAGGCCAGCCUCUACGCUUCACAAAUGACUUGGACAUUGACGAACAAGAAGAUGUGAUUUACUUCACAGAUACCAGCACACAAUUCCAGAGAAGGCAAUUUGUUGCGUCUGUUGUAAGUGGAGACAAGACAGGCCGGCUGAUGAAAUACGACAAAUCAACCAAAGCAGUGACAGUUUUACUACGAGGCCUUGCUUUUGCCAACGGUGUAUCCUUGAGCAAAGACAAGUCGUUUGUGCUAGUGGCUGAAACUUCUACCGGUAGAAUAGUAAGGUAUUGGCUUAAAGGCCCUCAUGCAGGUAAACACGAUACAUUUGCUGAUCUAACAGGAUAUCCAGACAACAUCAGAAGAAACUCGAAAGGGAAGUUCUGGGUUGCAUUGCAUUCAAAAAGAUCGCUGCUUUCAAAGUUGGUCACAUCCAAUUCAUGGCUUGGAAAGACAGCGCUAAAACUUCCAGUUUCCAUCCAGCAACUGCAUUUCAUGUUAGUUGGAUGGCAAGCGCAUGCAACUGCAAUUAAGCUAAGUGAAGACGGGCAAGUUUUGGAAGUCUUGGAAGACGUCCAGAGCAAGACCUUGAAGUUUAUAAGUGAGGUUGAGGAGAAAAAUGGCAAGUUGUGGAUUGGUUCUGUAAUGGUGCCUUUUGUUGGAGUUUAUGAAUUGUCUUAAAGUAUCAGUUUCAUCUGUACUAAGUUAAUUGUACAUCGAUUAUUUGUCCGUUGUUUGAUACUUUCUAUAGUAUUUUCCCAUUAUUACCUCC